GAGCUUGCAAGACUCUCCCGAAUGGUCGAACGCCAGCGACGUCGAGGCGGAUGCCCAACGUCGCCUCGCAACGGCUUCUUCCGAGGAGACGUCUGCCACAGAGCCCACUGCUACGCAUCCAAACCCUCCGUGCGAAGACAACGACACGGCCUAUCAGACGGAGGAGAACAACCCCAACAUCACCUGUCACAGUGACGCCCUGCAUGCCUGCCGCACUGAUCUCGGAAUUGUCUUCUGCGCCAAGACCUGCGGCUACUGCUCGCCGUUUACCUACGAGCAGUUGAAACGCUUUGACAAGCCGCAGCUGACCAUGUUGCCCUCCAUCGUCUACCAGUCCCGCCUGGCCACCACCGACUGUCGGGGAUUCGCAUCCCGGUUUCAGACGCAAAACUACAACCCGGUCCUCUCCCUCCUGCCGGCGCUAGAUGGGAAGAAGAACGGCACACUCUUCACCUGCGUUGACCGGUUGAAGCAGUACGACGAAGAGUAUGCAAUCUACUUAGAGUGCCCGACGAACAUGCCGUCCAUGCGCUGUGCCGAUGGCAGGGUCGGAUUGACUUCGAAGCAGACCUUCCACGGUACCAGCGUGUAUCCGACGAUGUUAAUCGAGAGUGCCAGGGACCUACAAGCGAUGCAGAAGGUGGGCUGGAUCGAUGUGCAGACAGAGAAGGUCGCCAUCAGCACGAUGAUCUACACCGAGAAUAUAGAGAUGUUCACCUCCCUCACCGUGGAGUUUGCUUUCGACUACGCGGGCAACAUCGCGGGCUCCGUGCAGAUGAUCAGUUAUCGAGACCUGGUGCACUCGGCGUCGGACAGCUUCUUUGCCCUUCUGCUGACGACCUGCAUCGCUGCAUCUCUCAGCGUCGUGUCUCUGACGGUGCAUCUGAUUCGGCACCCUGAGACUUGCAGCUGGGGCCUCGUAAUCUUCGAGAUCUUCUCCCGGGCUCUAUUUCUCGUUUAUCCGUCGAUCCUCCUCGUGACGUGGACACAGCAGGCGUACAUGUCCCAUGAGUUUGAGAGUCUCCUGCAGACCUUCCUCAACUCGCACGGCUUGAACGAGGAGCACUUGACCAAAAGCCUGGCGAAAUACUUCGAGGUGAAGACGGAAGUAUACGAGGAGGUCGAGUGGCUGGAGACACAUCGGCUGGCAUCCUACAUCAUGCUCUAUGUGCAGUUUCUGCAGGCGGUUCUGUACUUCAGCGCCCAUCCGCGGGUCGCCAUGCUCACCCGCACCGUGAAGAAGGCCCUGUGGAACAUGGUGCACUUCUUCGUGGUCUUUGCCAUCCUGUUCCUGAUGUUGGCAUUUAUGGCCCAUUUUCUGCUCGGUGGGACGGUGCACCUUUUUGGCACCUUCCCAGCCGCGUGUGCAACGCAAGUUCGAAUGCUGUUUGGUGAGUUCAUCUUCGUUGAUGGUGCCGAGAAACUCUCAGGAAGCAUGAGCGCCAUGUACUGGGUCUAUGCUGCAUCCUUUAUGCUGGUCGUGUUCUUCACGCUGCUGAACUUCUUUUUAGCGAUCAUCGUCGAUGCCUUCGUCGAUGUGAAAAGUGAGUGCGAUGAUCUUCAGUGCACACGGAAUGUCUUCUCAGACUUCUGCAGCAUACCCCGAAGUUGGCACUUACAUCGAAAGUACGGCUUACCGUCACGCCAUUCCCUCUGCCACUUCCUUGGCGAGGCCCAGCAGGGUCAGGGCUUGGUCGAAGUGGUUGGGGAUGAAUAUGGUUGCCAGAUUUUGGCACAGGAUCCACUGAGCAAGACCACAGGCUACUUGCUCUUUUUGCAUUGCUGUUGCACAAGACAUCGGCGUUGUUAUUCAUGGGUUCAGGCUUUAGGGCGUGCCGCCGCGUCGAAACAAGACCAUCAAUUUGCGAUCUAG